CUCCCCGCCGCCCUCGCUCCCUCGCUCCCCUCCCAGCGCCUGCAAUCCCCAACCCCCAGUCCCAGAUCCGCCCGAGCCCGCAGCCAUGUCGAGGAGAUACGAUUCACGGACGACCAUCUUCUCGCCCGAGGGUCGCUUGUACCAGGUCGAAUAUGCGCUCGAAGCUAUCUCGCACGCAGGAACCGCAUUAGGCAUCUUGGCCAAGGAUGGCAUUGUUCUGGCAGCUGAGAGGAAAGUCACCAGCAAGCUGCUGGAGCAGGACACAUCAGCCGAGAAGCUCUACAUCCUGAACGAUAACAUGAUCACUGCUGUUGCAGGCAUGACAGCCGACGCGAACAUCCUAAUCAACUUCGCCCGCAACCAAGCCCAGCGCUACCUCCUCACCUACAACGAAGACAUCCCUUGCGAACAGCUCGUGCGCCGGCUAUGCGAUCUCAAGCAGGGCUACACACAGACGGGUGGUCUCCGGCCCUUUGGCGUGUCCCUGAUAUACGCAGGAUGGGACCCGCAGCGCGAGUUCCAGCUCUACCAAAGCAACCCUAGUGGCAACUACGGAGGCUGGAAAGCGACGAGCGUGGGCGCCAACAAUGCCUCCGCCCAGAGUCUGUUGAAGCAGGACUACAAGGAGGACUGCAACCUCAAAGAGGCCUGCGGUCUUGCCGUGAAGGUGCUGGGCAAGACGAUGGAUUCGACCAAGCUGAGCAGCGAGAAGAUCGAAUUUGCGACGGUCGGCAGGACAGAGACUGGCAAGAUCUACCACCACCUUUGGGGAGCGGACGAGAUCGACGCGUUGCUCAAGGAGCACGGCUUGGCCAAGCCGGAAGAUUCUGAGAUGACCGAGGGCUGAGGCCGGUCGACUUCCUGGGGAGUGCGGCGUCUAUGGAUUACGAUAGACUUUGGCCUGUAGUAUACCAUACCAUACACUAGGUGAGAGCACCAACCAUUUCGGUAGCAAAUCUCACGUUCAUGACGGCAUGCCAAACUCUACC